CCCUUCAAAAUUGAUCUCAAUUUUGUUCGUAUGGUGAUGGCAGAGGUGAUUGGAACAUUUAUUUUGAUGUUCUGUGUAAGUGGAAUAAUAGCAAGCACAAAAUUCCAAAGUGGUGAAGUGGGGCUUCUAGAGUAUGCAGCCACAGCAGGAUUAACAGUGGUUGUUAUCAUCUUCUCCAUAGGACCAAUUUCUUGUGCACAUGUCAACCCAGCUGUCACAAUUGCCUUUGCCACAAUUGGUCAUGUUCCAUGGUACAAGGUUCCAAUUUACAUAAUAGCACAGAUAGUAGGUUCUAUAUUUGCCACAUUUAUAGGUAGCCUUGUUUAUGGCAUAAAAUCAGAGGUUAUGAUCACAAGGCCAAUCCAAGGUUGCAACUCUGCAUUCUGGGUUGAACUCAUUGCAACUUUCAUCAUCAUGUUCCUUGUUGCUGCUUUGACAUCUGAGUAUGAAUCAGUUGGGCAUUUAUCUGGCUUUGUUGCUGGAAUUGCAAUUGGUCUUGCUGUACUAAUCACAGGGCCUGUGUCAGGUGGAUCAAUGAACCCUGCAAGAUCAUUAGGACCAGCAAUUGUUUCAUGGAAAUUCAAGGACAUUUGGAUAUACAUGAUAGCACCAAGUGGUGGAGCCAUAGCAGGAGCUCAAACUCUUCGUUUUCUUCGCCUUAAUAAGGACCAACCUUGCAACACCGAUGUUGGUCACGCCAUAUCCUAUUGUUCAAGUUAGUAAAAUAAUAAA